AUGGUAGUAGCAUCAGGUACGCCUGCUAGAACUAAUUCAGCAGAUACAUAUUUCUUCAUGGGCACACAAAAGUCGAAGAGACCUCCAAAUACCGCUUUUAGGCAGCAGAGGUUGAAAGCAUGGCAACCCAUUUUAUCACCUCAAAGCAUACUUCCGCUUCUUAUACUCAUAAGCGCUAUAUUUGCGCCUAUUGGUAUUGGAUUGAUAAUAAGUGCUAACAGUGUUCAAGAUUUAGUUGUUAAUUAUAGUUACUGUGAAACUGCAUCUAAUGAAUUUCAGACUAUACCAUCUAAGUUCGUCAGUUAUCAUUUCAAGAGCAAAGUUGAGGAACCACCGGAAUGGAAAUUUGUGGCUAAUGAAAAUGGUGACAAAAAGUGUCAACUAAAGUUCCAAAUUCCUAAUAAAAUUUCACGCCCGGUAUAUGUGUAUUAUAAAUUAACAAACUUUUACCAAAACCAUCGGAAAUAUGUGCAAUCGUUUGAUUUAAACCAGUUGAAGGGUAAAGCUGUUGAACUUGCAGAUUUGUCCCCUAACUGCAAUCCUUUGAGUAAAGAAUCAGGGAAGGUGAUAUAUCCAUGUGGCUUAAUUGCAAAUUCCUUAUUUAAUGACACAUAUAGCCAAGUCUUACAGGGCUUAGACUCCACCAAAAACUAUACGAUGAGCAAUAAGAACAUAUCUUGGAAAACUGAUCGCAAUAGGUACAAAAGAACAGAAUACAAAGUAUCUGACAUUAUGCCACCACCAAAUUGGAGGACGCAAUAUCCGGAUGGGUACACAGAAGAAAAUAUUCCCGAUCUAUCCACCUGGGAGGAAUUUCAGAUAUGGAUGAGGACAGCUGGUUUACCUAGGUUUUAUAAAUUAGCCCUGAAAAACGAAGAAGACCCUUUGUCCGACGGUAAAUAUAUCAUGGAGAUUGGCAUGAACUAUCCAGUAAAGAUCUUUGACGGUACGAAAUCUUUUGUUCUAACCACAAACAGCAUUAUAGGUGGUCGGAACAUGUCAUUAGGAAUUGCAUAUUUAGUUGUGGCUGGAAUAUCUCUACUAUUUGGUUUUGUUUUCCUUGCAAAGUUGAUAAUUCAGCCCAGGAAGUUGGGCGACCACACUUACUUAAACUUCCACCAGCAGGAAGAAAAUCCAUCAGACGUCCCAAUAGUCCCUCAGUUGAGGGAAAUGCUGUAA